AUGAAAAAGGAUAUAGCGGAGUUUGUUGCUCAGUGCCCUAACUAUCAGCAGGUCAAGAUUGAGCACCAAAAACCUGUUAGGUUGUGUGCUGAUGCAGUAUGGGAUACCGCCCCUCAGAAGGAGAAGACACUGUUUCAGAUUACAGAAGAUGGGGUCCUUAGAUAUCGAGGACGAAUAUAUGUCCCUAAUGUUGCAGGGCUGCGUCAGCAGGUUAUAGGAGAAACUCACUAUUAUCGUUAUUAUAUCCAUCCAGGAGCAACAAAGAUGUAUCGUGAUAUCAGGGAAGUAUAUUGGUGUGACGGAAUGAAUAAGGAUAUAGCAGUGUUUGUUGCUCAGUGCCCUAACUAUCAGCAGGUCAAGAUUGAGCACCAAAAACCUGGUGGGUUAUUGCAGGCUAUAGAGAUUCCGAGUUGGAAGUGGGAAGGCAUUAUGAGGUUCGGAAGAAGGGAAAAACUUAUCCCUCGGUACAUUGGACCAUAUAGGGUCAUGAGCAAGGUAGGCCAGGUAGCAUAUGAGUUAGACUUGCCUCCGGACAUGGAGUCUGUACAUCCAGUCUUUCAUGUGUCUAUGCUCCGUAAAUGUAUCGAAGAUCCUUCCAGAAUCGUUUCAGUUGAUGACGUUCAGGUCACAGAGCAGCUGUCAUAUGAAGAAACUCCCAUUGUUAUACUAGACAGACAGGUUCGAAGAUUGGGAACUAAAGACAUAGCUUCGGUGAAAAACAGUGGGGACGAUGGUUGGAGCACUUUGGGCUUCCUGAUUUUCAGUCAUGAUGGAGUUUAG